UAUAAGUCUUGACUAAAUGUUCAUCAUCUUAAUUAUUAUAAGCAAUUAAAUACCUUGCUUUUACCUACUUUAAACAAUGGACAUUUGGAUUUAUUUGUGUUACUUGUCUGUGAUUUUAAUUCAAAUAAGUCAUGAACUUCCAGUACGCAAUAAUACUAGACGUGCAACGAGAAGGCCAUUUAUAGAGCGCAAACCUGGAAAUUUAGAAAAAAUUCUGAAGUCUCAAAACGAACUGAGCAAAAGACAGUUUCGACCACGUGUACGCACUGCAAAGAAACUAAGAAUCAGAAACGGUAUCAAAAAUGCGAACGGAAUAAUAAUAGAUGAUAUCAAUGAAAUGAAAAGUAAAAAGAAUGAAUUAUUUCCUGCAUCAAAUGGAAAAUUGCUUUUAAAUGGUGCUAAUAAUAAAAAUAUGGAAAUGUUCCAUCGAGUAUCUGAAUCAAGCAAAUCAAAUGGGCUGAUAUCUCCUACCGUUGUUAACAAAGCAUUUAAGACUGUGUCAGACAGAGGAAAUUCCGUAAGCAAUGCAGUAAUGAUUGUACCAAAGAGAGAAAGUGUCCUAAACAAUUCAGUAAACACUCUUUCUGUUUCAAUUAAAGGUAGUUCCAUAAACAAUGCAAUUUUAAACAGAAAAAGUUUUAUAAACAGAGCAUUAAAUCCUGUUACAACUAGAGGUACGCCCGUAAACAAUGCAGUUAACACUGCAUCAAAGACAGGAAGUUCCGUUAACAGAGCAGUAAAUAAUGUAACAAUUAUGCAUAGUCGUGUUAAUAAUGAAGUCAAAACACCAUCUACGACGAAAAAUAUCGUGAACAGAGCAGUAAAUACUGUAACAGUAAGGAGUAGUCGUGUAAAUAAUGAAGGCAAAACACCAUCUACGACGAGAAAUUCCGUAAACAGAGCAGUAAAUACUGUAACAGUUAGGGGAAGUCCCGUAAGCAAUGAAGUCAAAACUCCAUCAAAAACUGUAACAGUAAGGCGUAGUCGUGUAAACAAUGAAGUCAUAACUCCAUCAACGACGGGAAAUUCCGUAAACAGAACAGUAAAUACUGUUACAGUAAAGCGUAAUCGUGUAAACAAUGAAGUCAUAACUCCAUCAACAACGGGAAAUUCCGUAAACAGAACAGUAAAUACUGUUACAGUAAGGCGUUAUCGUGUAAACAAUGAAGUCAAACCUCCAUCAACGGCGGGAAAUUCCGUACACAGAGCAGUAAAUACUGUAACGGUAAGGCGAAGUCGUGUAAACAAUAAAGUCAUAACUCCAUCAAAGACGGCAAAUUCCUUAAACAGAGCAGUAAAUACUGUUACAGUAAGGCGUAAUCGUGUAAACAAUGAAGUCAUAACUCCAUCACCGACGGGAAAUUCCGUGAACAGAGCAGUAAAUACUGUAACAGUAAGGCGAAGUCGUGUAAACAAUAAAGUGAUAACUCCAUCAAAGACGUCAAAUUCCGUAAACAGAGCAGUAAAUACUGUUACAGUAAGGCGUAAUCGUGUAAACAAUAAAGUCAUAACUCCAUCGAAGACGGCAAAUUCCGUAAACAGAGCAGUAAAUACUGUUACAGUGAGGCGUAAUCGUGUAAACAAUGAAGUCAUAACUCCAUCACCGACGGGAAAUUCCGUAAACAGAGCAGUAAAUACUGUAACAGUAAGGCGAAUUCGUGUAAACAAUGAAGUCAUAACUCCAUCAAAGACUGGGAAUUCCGUAAACAGAGCAGUAAAUACUAUUGCAGUUAGUGGUAGUCCUGAAAACAAUGCAGUAAAGAUUAUUCCAAACAGAGGUAGAACCGUCAACAAGGUAGUAAACAUUGUAUCUGAGAAGGGAAGUUCCUUUAACCGUGCAACAAACCCUGUAAAAGUAAGUGGUAGUCCUGUAAACAAUGCAGUAAAAACUGCAUCAAAUACGAGAAAUUCCGUACGCAGUGCAGUUAAAACUAUAGCCGUUAGUGGUAGUGUCGGAAACAAUGCAGUAAAAAUUGCAUCAAAGACCAGAAAUACCGUAAACAGACCAAUAAAUACUGUAACAGUUAGGGGCAGUCCCAGAAACAAUGCAGUAAAGAUUGUUCCAAACAGAGGUAGAACCGUCAACAAGGUAGUAAACAUUGUAUCAGAGAAGAUAACUUCCAUUAACCGUGCAGCAAACCCUGUAAAAGUAAGUGGCAGUCCUGUAGAAAAUGCAGUAAAAACUGUAUCAAAGACAAGAAAUUCCCUUCUCAGUGCAGAUAAUACUAUAACUGUUAGUGGUAAUCCCGGAAACAAUGCAGUAAAAAUUAUACCAAACAGCGGUAAUGAUGCAAACAAGGCAGUAUAUAUUUUAUCAGAGAUGGUUAAUACCGUUAAAAGUGCAGCAAAUCCUAUAACAACUAGAGCUAGUCCAGUAAACAAUGCAUUAAAUAUUGUACCAAAUGGAGGUAAUAUUAUAAACAAUGCAUUAAACAUUGUACCAAACGCCGGGAGUUCGAAAAACAAUGCAUUAAACAUUGUACUAAGUGGAGGGAGUUCCGUAAGCAAUGAUAAUAAUAAUAACAAUAAUGAUAAUAAGGCAGUAUUUAAUAAGUUGUCUGAAUCGCAAAUUCCAGAUGUGUCUAAAUCUUUUUCGAAUACUGCCGCUGUGGUACAGAUAGAAUCACCACGAGAGAGCCCUUUAACGAAUAAUGAUAAUCAAAUAACAAAAUCUGACGGAAAUGAAGAGAAUGAUUUUGGUAUCGAUUUGACUGAUCAAUUGAAAAAUAGAGUUGAAUUUUUAGGUGAAAGUACAAAUGAAAGAACAAGUAAUAAUGCUGUGCUGACGGGUACAGAUAGUGGUAAUGUUAGAACUGAUCAAAUGGAAAAUAGAUUUGAGUUUUUAGAUGAAAGUGCAAAUGAGAGAACAAGUGGAAAUACUAUGCUGACGGGUACAGAUAAUGAUAUCGAUAGAACUGAUCAAAUGGAAAAUAAAGUUGAAUUUUUAAGUGAAAGUGCAAAUGCAAAAACAAGUGGGAACACUGAGCAGAAGGAUACAGGUGGUGAACAGGACAAUACGGAAGAGGUAGAUUUUAGCCCUAUUACAUCAAUACUACAUCGGCGGAGAAUGACAACUAGACAAAAUAAUCAUGAGGAAGACGAUUCAGACGCGAGGCAAUUAAGACCUAACAUACUAAGAAAAGCGGCAUUGAAAUCGAAACGCCGCCCCCAGUUCAAUAGCGCAACUAACCCAAAUAAUACUACAGAUACACAGUUAAGCGCAACUAAAGAAACUAGUUCUACAGCUACACAGUUAAGUGCAAGUAAACGAAAUAAUCACAAAGUUUCACAAUUGAACGCAAUUAAAACACCACUUCAAUUGAAAAAGUGGUCUCAUUUUGAUUCCGACAGUAGCGAUUGGGAAAGUUCAGACAAGGGUCAUUGGGAAAGUGAUGAAGAUUUAACAUCUGAACAAAAUAGGAAAUCGAAAAGUAAUGUAAUAUUGUCAAAGCUAAAAUUACCUAACCGUAUACCAUAUCAAAUGAAAACAAAUAAUACAAAGCAAAACAAAACUGAGGGGAAAUCCUUUACAAAAGGGGUAGACUACUCUGAUGAAUCGACUUAUGAAGACAGUGCUGAUUGUGAUUCGUCAGAUAGCAGUGAAUGCGGUUAUAGUUCUGAAACCUAUGUUACCUCAGACUCUGCUUCUUCUGAAAAUAUUCGUAUUUCACAACCAGUGCGUAAAGUAGUAAUUAAACAAAAGACAAUUAAAACAGUUAACAAGGAACCAGAAGAUUAUGCCACGUAUGAAUAUACUGAUAAUAAUGAUUAUACAUGGGACAGUAAGGAGUACUACGAUUAUGAUUCAUCGGAUGGUCAUGGUUCUAAAGGCAUCAAGGAUGUCAGAGUAAUGCAUAAAAAGCAAACAGAUAUAGAUGUUUUAAAUCGAAAAGUGAAUCCUUAUGAAGACAGCAGUGACGAUUUUUACGAGAAUUUGAGUUACGACAACAAUUAUAGCGAUGGAUCUUAUAGUGCUGAUUAUCAGGAGUAUUAUUCAGACUCAAGUAAUUGGGAAUAUUAUGAUGACUGAAAGUUUAUUCAUAGGAAAAGUGUUUUUUUUUUUUAGAAAAGUGAUAUCAUUAGUAUUUUGACACGCAAAGUUUAAGCUUCUAUUAUUUUAAGAUCAAGGGAGAUGUAAAUGGGCUACACAACUUAUUCUGCUAUAAUUUUGCAUACAAUCUUGGCUUGUUGAACAUCGAAAAAGAUGCAUUUUUCUACAAUAUAUAGUUCUAAAGAAAAACAUUUGACGUAGAAAUCAGAGAUUAAUGAGUUUACGACAAAUUUAAGAAGGAUUGUUGCCGAUUAUUAUGUGGUUUCAUUACAAAUGUUAUCAUACUCUGAAAAAAAAUCAAUCAGUAAAAUUUCAUAAUUGCAUAAUGUUUUCGAUUUUCAGUUAUACUUUACACGAGCCAAAAUUGUAUGCAAAAUUUAAGCAAAUCUGUAACAUAGCCCAUUUAUUUUUCAUUAAUCUUUUUAAAACUGUCGUUUAAUACAGAGUGUCAAUCGAGAAAAGGUAUACAAAACUGCAAAUGCCGUGAGGUCGUCGCAAGUUUAAAAAUUGUGUUUAAUACAUUGUGAUUUUUUUCUGGUUUUCAGUAUUAAAACAUUUUUCAAGUAAAAGUGGAAAGUCUGUCUCAAUCAGUUGAUGUUAAAAUCAUAACUGAGAAACGUACUUCAUUGCCUACUUUUACAAAUCGAUAGCGUGCGACAAUUUUGACCAAACUACUGCACACUUUUCUUUUGACUUGACAACUUACACCAUGUUUUCUCUAUAAAUAUAUCUGAAAAGCCUAGAAUGAGGAAAAAUCUACUUGAGGAUUCAUUGACUAGGAAUAUUAUGAUACAAUAGUUAUCAAAGGUUAUCAAAGGUACCAGGAUAAUAAUUUAGUAAGCCAGACUCGCGUUUCGUCUACAUAAGACUCACAAAACCGUUGAUGUACUUGAUGCACAUAACAUUAUAAGAUAGCUGACAAACACAUAAUUAAUUACAUUGCAUUUAACAUUAAUAGCGUGUAAUUAAGGUAAAGUAAUAAACACUGUCACUGGAGAGACACAAACGAAUUUUUUUAACUAGACUAACUUUCAAGUCAAGAAAAUGACAGUUGUUAUCAUUUCGUUUGAUUUUCCCAUUUGCUUAUGGACUUUCCAUUUAAAAUUUUCCUCGGAGUUCAAUAUUUUUGUUAUUUUACUUUUACAGUGCUAAUUGUACCAAGUCAGGAAUAUGACAGUUGUUAUCCAUUCUUUUGAUGCGUUUGGUCUUUUGGUU